AUGGAUGCGGCCUUGGUCGCCGCUCUCGCCCUUCUGGCAGUUGCGGUCGGACAGACAUCUGGGACUUUGUUUCCUGUGGCCUUUAGUUGUUGCACGAAAGUAUCAGAGGAAAUUCCCAAAGGAAUUCUCCGAAGGGUGGAGAGGUUUGACAUCCAGAAAGCCGAUGGCCUGUGCCACUUGGAAGCUGUUAUUCUCUACAUACAAGGCAGGAAGUUCUGUGUGAGCCCGCGGAUUAAAAAAGUUAAGAAAUGGAUGAAGAAGAAGAAGAGAUUAAAUAUUCACCAAAAAGGUGGUAGAAGACAAAGAAGAACGAAAAUUAAGAAAAGGGGGAGAAGAGAGAGAGGGAGAAGAGAGAGAGAGAGGAGCGGCAGCGAGACAGCGAAGGCAGCCCGUGGUUCAGCCCGCGGUGCAGCCCGUGGUUCAGCCCGCGGUGCAGCUCAUGGUGCAGCUCAUGGUGCAGCCCGCGGUGCAGCUCAUGGUGCAGCUCAUGGUGCAGCCCACAGUGCAGCUCAUGGUGCAGCUCAUGGUGCAGCCCACAGUGCAGCUCAUGGUGCAGCUCAUGGUGCAGCCCACAGUGCAGCUCAUGGUGCAGCCCGUGGGCUGCGGCACCGUGUGCGGGGGCAGCCAAAUUCCCGAUAG